AUGCCACUCCGUUUCAAUUACUUUCCUACAACGGCACGUCUCCGUCGGCACUUCAAUACCACUACUAUUCGAAGAGAUAGCCCUAAGCCAACUCACUAUGAGACUCUCGAGAUACCGACCAAUGCAACGCCCAGCGAGGUGAAGAAAUCCUUCUACACCCUCUCCAAAACCCACCACCCAGACCGCAACCCCAACGACCCCUCCGCCUCCCACCGCUUCGUCCAGAUAUCAGAAGCAUACGCCAUACUCGGCACACCCGCAAAACGCCAAGCCUACGACCGCGAACACCUUUCCCACUCUCAUUCCCAUCACCACUCACCUCCCCCACAAGGCUCCUACCACUCCUCCGGCCCCGCCGGCGGACGCCCAGCCAGCGGUCUCAGUCGCCGCCGCACCCAAUUCCGCGGUCCCCCUCCCUCCUUCUACAGAAGUGGAGGAUGGGGCGCUCAUUCUGCGAAACGGCAAGCAGCGCAGAAUAAUGACGCUGAAACGGGAGGAGGAAUGGGACCGGGACAGUCGCCGUGGGGACAGGUGAACGAUGUGCCGCAUUUUGAUCGGGAGGGACAUACGCGGACGCAUGAGAAUAAUACGCGGCGGUGGGCAAGGAGGAAGGGGAUGGAGGACGGGUGGAUACCUGAGCAGGGCGCGCCGAGGGGGAUGUUGGCGAACUUUUUGUUUGUGAGUGGGAUUAUUAGUUUGGGGAUUUUGGUGCCGAGUUUGAUGAUCGAGAGGGUCAUGAAGGGUGGUAACAGGGACAAGAAUUUAUGAUGCGUAUAGAAGAACUUCGUUCGGACGAAUGUACUACCUUAGACGAUUCGAUUACAGCGGCAGAAGCACGAUAGAAGCAUACGCAGGUGUUACAAGUGGGG